AUGUUUGCAUCUAGAAAUUUUCACGACACCUACGAGAAGCUUGCAAGCAUAGGUAGGGGGACCUUCGGAGAAUGCUUUGUAUGUAGAAACAAAGAUAGUAGUGAGAUCCUUUGUGCAAAAGAGGUGAACUAUAAGAGUCUUGGCUCCCAUUCUCCACAGAUAACUCGACUGAAGACUGAGUUAGAGAAGAGUAUGCAUCUGAAGCAUAGAAACAUCCUUCCCAUUCUUGAAAUCUAUGACAAUCCAGACUUGUGCACUAUCCAUAUCAUUUCACCAUAUCGAGCUGGGGAAUCUGUUGCUGAACUACUUAUCGCUACACAAGCAAACAGUCAGGGGAUUCCCGAGCAGGAUAUAUGGAAGCUGAUGGACGGGCUUUGUCAGGCUCUGCAGUUUCUCUGCACAUCAGCACCAUCUCCUUCCACCUCCCCAGCACACCUUAACCUUAUUCCUUCUAACAUCUUUCUAUCUAGUCUCUCCUCUGUACUGACAUCUGAGCCCUGCAUAACACGCUUUAUCUUUGCUGCAGACUCUAUCAGAAAAGACGAGACGUAUAUGCCACCAGAGACCCGUGGAACUACAAUUGCUACGCUGCAAGGAAAUAUAUGGACUGUAGGAAGCAUUGCAUAUGAGCUAGCCACUGGAAGGCGUGCCAGCGAUCUAUUGAGCUUGACUUCUCCCACCAAUCUUAAGGUUGAACUUCCAGAGCAAUACUCAGCAAGCUUGUCCUUACUUCUUGCACAAAUGCUAUCUCCAAAUGAAGAUAACCGGCCAUCUCUUGCUUCUUGGCGCUCAGAGAUUCGAAACUUUGAGAAGAGAAAGAGACACUCUUUCAUCCCCCACGAUAUCCAGCACAUCUCUCCUACAGAAUUAAUGUCAGCAGUUACGCAUCUUGAUAUUCAUCGUGUAUACAAGUAUUUGAAUCAGCACUCUGCACGGAUGGUAGGUGGUACCACAGCCCUUAUGCUUGCCGCCGAUCAGAACUUCCCAGCUGCCAUCUCUGUUCUUCUCAAGUACGAGGCUGGUCUGUGCAAUGAUGAUGGUGACACUGCUUUACUUAUGGCAUGUAAGAAGGACCACCAGGAGGUUGUUAAGCUUCUUGCUCCUGUGGAGGGGCAUAUUCGCAACGCAGCUGGUUUGGGCGCAAUACACGUUUGCAAAAAGCACAAGGCUGUCAAUAGUCUGCGCGUGUUACUGGACCUGCCUGUUGAGCAACAGUAUGGAAUCCUAGUUUCAGACGACACACCUCGGAAGCGCCACAGAGCAUAUCGUAAUACAACCCUUCAUACUGCCGUAUUAGCUGACGAUGCUCAUGCCGUGGAGCAGAAUAUUGAGCUUUCGGGAAUCUUUAGCUCCAAAGGAAGGACAGCUUUGUCCUUAGCAGCAGAGCAUGGGUGUUGUGCUUUAAUAAUAGGCAUGUUGGCUGACCGCGAGCAUGGCUUACUAUCACAGGUGUUGCUCUACAAGGACGAUGCAGAUAACGACCUUCUUUGCCCGCUUCCCCGCAACCAAAGUAUUGCAAGACCAAACGUAUCCAGUAACCCUUCUCUUCUGACUCAGUUCCUGGAACAGAACAAGGCGAAGCGGUGUCAGGAUCGCUGGACAGCCCUGAUGUUCGCUGCAUAUUAUGGAAAGGUGGACGUAGUGCGCCUUCUUGUAAGCAUGGAAAGGAAGAUGCAAUCACCGCACUAUAAACAUACUGCCCUUAUGCUUGCUACUAAAGCUGGUCAUUUGCCAUGUGUGGAGCUAUUGAUUCCUGAUGAGGUGGGCAUGAAAGACAGGAACGGGGAAACUGCUCUUAUGAUCGCUGUUUCUCGAGGAGACAUGAGAAUAGCGGCGGUGCUUGUCAAGUAUGAGGCGGGACUAACCAAUGCUGUUCGAGAGACUGCUCUCUUCAAGGCUAUUACACUGGGUCACACAGAUAUUGCUAAGCUUCUCCUUUCAGCUGAGGCACACAUUGCAGAUGAGGAGGAGACAACCGCCUUAAUGCUAGCUGCCUCUAAAGGAAAUAGCGAAGUGGUAAAGAUGCUAGUGGGAAAGUCUAUCGAUAUUGGCAAGAAAAACAAGUACGGAUAUACCGCUCUUAUGGCUGCUGCCCAAGAGGAUGCGCUAGAGUGCAUUACAGUGUUACUUUCUUAUGAGUGUGGAAUGACAAAUGCCAAUGGAAUGACAGCACUAAUGCUUGCGGCGGCACGGAACUUAGAGCGCAGUGUUAAGCUGCUACUUGACCAUGAGCUUGGAGCUAAGGAUCACGACGGAGACACUGCGCUUCUUAUUGCCAUAGGAGAGAAGUCAGACGCUGCAGGCCUUCUUUUGGCUCAAACAGAAGAGGCAUAUAUUCCCAAUCAGAACGAUUGCUACCCCAUCAUGUUGGCCACCCAGCUUAAUCUUCAGUCGGUUGUCUGUGCGCUAAUCCCCAUGUGCGAUGAGCGGAUUCGUUACACAAAUACUUUGACACCAUUGAUGUAUGCAGCCAAUCAGGGGUCUGUAGAAUUGGUGGAUAUCUUGGCCCACGCCCAACAAGACAGUCGUGUACAGCUGUCAAAGACCAGACCUCUUUUUCUUGGUCACCAGGACAAGGACGGCUGGACAGCCUUGAUGUUCGCUGUUGACAAAAGAUGCACAGGUGCCGUUGAAGUUUUGGCCCCACUCGAACACUCUAUUCUAGAUAACAAUGGAAACAGUGCUCUUUCAAUUGCAGUGGCUCUAGGAGACAUAGCCUCAAUCCAGCUGCUACUCCCAUAUGAGGGCAUCCAGUUUCUCACGAGCAAGAACCUCGAUGAGUUGAUAGAGAGAAUCACUGAUGAAAGGAUAAUCUCCCUUCUGCGUCGGGUCACCUUUUGA